ACCGUUCAAAUAAAAAGAAGAAACAAAAAAAGGAAAAAAAAAAAAGAAGGGAGAGUAUCCUGCUUCCAAAAGAAAUGGGUGCGAAAGAAACGAAGAGACAUUUUGUUCAUAAUCUAAAGAAGGGAGAGAAUCCGAAAAGAAAAGGGUGCGAAAGAAACGAAGAGACAUUUUUUUCAUAACCUAGACACGUGUACGGUUCGAUGCUGUUGUUGCUUAGCAUUCCCGCUAAAAUGAGCCACAUCCUGAGCAGCCCAUAUAUACUGCGUUUCUUUCUCAAUCCAUUCCACUUCCCACACGACCCCCACAAUCCCUUGUUCUCCGCUUCCCUCCUCGCUUCCUCUCGCCGUUUCAUCACCAGAAAACAAAGAUAUGUCUGAUCAUGGAAUUGAAGGCAGUGUUGUGGGUAGCAAUGAUGGAAUGGAUAGGAUUUCUAUUCCAUCAGAUUCAGAUACAAGGGACAAUGUUGAGGAGGGGGUUGAUAAAGAUGAUGAUGUGCAAAAAGCUACUACAGAACUUGCAGUGUUUAUGUACGUUGUAGGUCUUCUUCCAUUUAAGGUGGUUGAAGAUAACUACUAUCUAUGGAUGGGGCAUAUGCUUGUCGAAUACGAUGAGCAGAAAACUCUGAGGGCUGUUGCGGACUUUGUUUGCUCCAUUGAGUUUCCGCCUACGUUGGUGAAGCAUCCUAUUUUUAGGAAUUUGGCACUUAGGCUUAACCCGAGGUUUAAUCUUACUUACGCCAUGGUUAGAAGUGAAUGCAUGAAAGUUUAUGGGGAAAGGAAGUUGGGAAUUAAGGAAUUCUUUGAAAAUUUCAAUGGGCAGAUUAGCCUUUCUGUGGACUUAUUGAGGUACCAAAAAUCGCUUAGUUUCGACUAUGACAGUGAAGUUUACUUAUGCCUUUACGCGCAUUUUGUUGACGAGAAUUGGAAGCUGAGGAAGUGGGUGCUUUACUUUCGUCAUCUCAGCGAUUCAUCUGAUGAUUGUGCUGAGGAUUGGGGAAUUUUUAAGUCCAUUCAGGAUUGGGGCAUUGAGGACAAGAUAUCAGCAGUCACCACAACUAAUUUUGAUUAUUUAGCCGAGUAUGUGAAAACUCACAUCCAAGAAAAGAAUGAACUUCAACUCGGCGGUCAGCUGUUUAAUGUGAAUUGUUUGGGGAAAACACUCAGUUUAAUGGUUGAGGAUGCAUUUGAAGAGAUUGAAGAUUUGAUCGACAAAGUUUCUCUACUGUAUUCUUCGAAAUCAUUACCCCUGUGGUAUCUCACGAGUUCCAAGCUCAAACCAGCUAUAGAGUUAUAUCAUAUGGGAGAAUUCUCUUCAAAAGAUGUGACUGAUGAUUACGAUGUACCAUCCGCCGAGGAAUGGAAGACUCUUGAAGGUGUUUGCAAUCUUGUGGAUAGCAUCUAUGAAGUGGCAAAUGCAUUGUUCGAAACAAAACAUCUGACCGCUAAUGUUUAUCUUUAUCACCUGCAUGAAAUUCGCGAGGUUCUGACCACAAUGUCCGUUAACUCGGACAGUUUUAUCAGAACUAUUAUUGAGGAAAUGUUGAAGAAGUUUCGUAAGUAUUGGGAUGACACGUUCUUGCUGAUGGCCAUAACUGCAGCGCUGGAUCCUCGAUUUAAGAUGAAAUAUGUAGAAUUUGUUUGCUCAAAAGUCAAGGGUGACGAUGCAGACUCACAAGUUGCAGCUGUUUUGGGGGCUAUUCACAAAAUGUUUGAUGAGUAUAUGAUCCGUUUUCCUGAAAAUGAGAGUUUCGUGAGUGAUUCAUCUUCUUUGGAUUCAGAUUCAGAAGGAGAGUCUCCCGACUCUACUCCUCCACUUCCUCCUAAAAAUGUGAGUCAUACUUUUGGUGUGUUGCAAGCCUACCAGCAGUUCGUCGAACAGGAUAUUCAGCCUACAAAAAGAUCGGAUUUGGAUAGCUAUUUGGAGGAACCGGUCUUACCUUGGAGCAAGGAUUUUAAUGCAUUGACCUGGUGGAGAACCGCAGGCGCCAAGUAUCCUACCCUUGCGAGGAUGGUGCGCGAUCUCUUGGCUAUUCCAGUUUCUGUUGCGACUUCAUUUGAGGCAUUCUACACCGAACCAAGGCCAGUUGACGAACGUGUAGCUUUCUUGAAGCCGGACUUUCUGAAUGCCUUAAUGUGCACCCGGAGCUGGUAUGCUGGGAGGCUCUGAAAGAUUGUUCGCAGGUACGUUUCUUUGCUUUUUAGAUGAUCUUUGCCGUUUACAUCUUACCCCGGAGGGCAUCUUGUUUAUUUUGAAUUCCAUUAGGGAAAGUGGACAUCUUUAUUUUUUUUUUGUAUUAAACUGUUGAAUGGAUCUUGUUUUGGUUGUCUUGAUUUCUAGAGAAAGGUGGGUGCGCGUGCGUGUGAGACAAUGGAUAUGAUAUGGAAUGCAUGCUAAUUUCAUAUCAUAUUUGCUUUUAUGUUCUUUUUAUUUUAUGCUCGAUAUAUGAGAAAUCUUAAUUUUAUGCACUGAUUAAA